AUGCCUUCUCUCAAUCCCACACAAAUUGACGACGAGCGGUGGCAGCAUGGCUUUACCUUCGUCGACGAUGCGAAUGAAGUCAGGAUCCAUUACAUCGACUGCCCUCCCAAAUCACAAUCCAAGGGCACUGUUCUGCUGAUCCAUGGCUACCCAAACACUUCAUACCAGUGGCGACACGUCAUCACUCCCAUCUCAGACGCUGGUUACAGAGUCAUCGCUCCAGACUACCGCGGCGCCGGCGACAACAACCACCCUAGGUCUGGCUACGACAAGGUCACCGUAGCCGAUGAUCUUUACAAAGUCGUCCAUGACCAUCUCGGCAUCAAGGACAAAAUCCACGUCGUCGGACAAGAUAUCGGCGGUAUGAUUGCUCACGCCUACGCCGCGACUCACGCAGACCACACCCGCUCCGUCAUGUUUGGCGAGUGCCCACUCCCCGGCUCCACACCAUACGAAUCAGGAUUCAAGACGUCACCAGGAAUGUGGCACUUCACCUUCCAGCAACAACUCGACCUGCCCGAGCUCCUCACACAGGGCAAAGAAAAGAUAUACAUCAAACACUUCUACGACAGACUUUGCUUCAAUCCCGCGGGCAUCGGUCCCAGAGAUGUGGAUCAUUACGGUGCAAGCUUCUGUCAGCCUGGUGCGAUGAGAGCUGGCUUCGAUUUGUACCGUGCCUUCCCGCAUGAUGCAAAGGACAACCAGGCGAUGUUGAAGCGAGACGGCAAGCUCAAGAUGCCUUCGGCCGCAUUGAGUGGUGAGAUGAGUCUGCUCAGACAGGUUGCCAUGGACCAGACGCACGAGUUUUACGACGACGUUUCCGAGGUCAUUGUAGCGAGAAGUGGACAUUGGACAGCCGAGGAGAAUCCGGCCAGUUUUGUGGAUGGUGUUGUCUCGUUCAUCAAGAAGCACGAUUAG